AUGCAUCCUCCAAAUAAUAGUAGUAACUUGCGAGAACGGGUCGCUAAUUUUUUAAAAGCUUCAAUGACGACUCGUUCCGAUGAGGAUGAAAACAAUGACUCUAUAAAAUCAAAUCAGACUGUUGAUGAUACAACAACGAACCAAUCUCAUGAAAGUAUCAAUAAUAAUAAUCAUGAAGGAAAGAAACGUAAAAAACUACAAGAGGAGGAAGAAUCCGAAACUUCAUCAUCCUUGUUGAAUCCGAAUACUGCAACACAUGACAAAAAUUUAGAAUAUCCAAAAAAGCGAAAAAUACAAUCCACUUCAGCCGUUUCAUCAUCAUCCUCAUUUCCUACUUCUCAAAUAGUUGAAAAAGCUCAAAAUUCUUCAUCCAUCUCAGCUCCACUCACACCUCUCCAAAAGAAACUUUCACGAAUUGAAAAACAACGUUCACUCUUUGGGAGUGAUACAAAAGCUGUGCUUACCUUCAAAUUGAAGGAAUUGAAAAAACGAUUUCUAACAGUGAAUGAUAUUCAAAAUCUCAUGCUGUGGUCUCUCAUGGGACAUUCAUGCACAACACUUCAAAAAAAGGACCAACAUGAUAAUCACGAAACAUAUGACGCUUUAUUAUUCACUCCAAGAUGGUUACAUAUUAUGAACAUGGGUCUCAUUGACAAGGUUAUCAUUUUACAUUUUGAUUCUCUGAGUAAGGAGGUUUUUGAACAAUACAAAUCACACAUGCCAAAUAUUGCAAAAAUUAUGGACAAGUAUGUGAUACCAGACGGAAUACCGUCCAAACGACAACCGUAUUUACUAAUCAAUCCUCCUUGGUCGGCUGAACAAGGAAAUUUAUCAAUGAUUACCGAGAAACGAACGGCCAAUUAUUGGCGCAAAACAUUUCUUCACAGAUUAUUUAAGAGAAGUAUUUCUUUCUUUAAGGAAAAAAAUACCAAAAAAACGGUCACCACUAAUAAUACCAAGCAUCUUGAAAAUACUCGAAAAUCAUACAGUUUCAGUACCAUGAGUGGUACAUUGAACGUGAUUGAACGAAUAUCAUCUCAAUCGACCACAGUUUCAUCAUCCCCUAGUCAUCACAUACCGACCAUAGAGGUUAGUUCUGUUGUGACAGAGAAAGAAAUUUCGACCAAAUUGCAGGAUUUACCUAAAAAUAAUCCUGAACUUGAUAAUUCAGAAGUGACAGAAAAUGGAACUGAGACACCCGAACAAGAUGAAAACAAAACAAAAUUGGAAGAUUUAUUACUUUCCAGUGACGAACUUUCAGAAAACAAUUACCCAGUUUUUUCGAGUGAAGAGGAGUUGACAAAAUCUGGUUACAUUUCAACCUCCAACUGGCAAAGUGCCGUAAAGAAGCAUCGUCUUCUUGCACUUGACUGCGAGAUGUGUCUUACCAAGAACGGAGAUGAGCUUACUCGAGUAACCUUCGUAGACGAAAAUGGUCAAGUUGUUUACGACAAAUUAGUGAAACCAAAGGAUCCAAUCAUUGACUAUCGAACCAUGUUUAGUGGAAUUACAAAAGAAAUGUUAGAAAAUGUACAAACUUCGCUCGAAGAUGUUCAGAAAGAAAUGACAGAAUUCAUUUCACACGAUACGAUUUUACUCGGCCAUUCUCUUGAGAAUGAUUUGAUCUGUUUGAAAAUUUGUCACAAACGAGUGAUUGACACUUCAGUCAUUUUUCUCACUUCCUCCAAUUUUGGAACGAAAUACAAGCAAUCAUUGAAACAACUUGCAAUGAAAUAUCUCUCACGAGAAAUUCAACUUAACAAUGCCGAGAAAAUUGGACACGACAGCAUUGAAGAUGCUUUAGCAGCGUUGGAUUUAGUCAAGUUUGUACUUAGGUAUGGUAUUGAAUACGUCCACAAAAGAGAGAAGAGAACCAAAGAUUUUUAUGCACAGGAGAAUGUGUUCGAAUUUUUGAGUAAUGGUGAGAAGCGAUCUGUCAUGCUCGAUCGUGCCAAUAAUUUGAAUGGAAUUCUUUCUGGUUCUCUUUCUGAUGCCAUACCUUGCUCAACCGAUGAGGAAGUAUGUCAAAAAUCAAAAAAGUUUGUUUCCAACUCAGAAUAUGACUUGGUAUUUAGUCACUUCUCCGAACUUGGUUACUUUUAUGAAAAGAAUGAAUACGAUCCUGUUGGAGCUCCCGGAAAUGGCCACGAAGCAAAAAAUGUCAACAAAUUAUUUCAGCUCAUUCAAGAAACAGGAAAUGAAGAAGAAACGACGAAACACAAGAAACUUGAAAAUGAGCUAUUGAGAAUAUUAGGAAACUUUGAUCGAUUCUAUUCCGAGCUCUUUGAGGAAGCUUCCGAAAAUUCACUAUUCAUUGUCGCAACUGGACAUGGCAACAUUUCACAAAUAGAGAGAGCAUUUAAAAAGCAAAAAGAUUGGAAGGCGUUGAAAGAAAAUUCAAGAGAAUUGUUGUACCUCAUCCAAAAUUGUUGUGGUCUCGGUUUUAUCGAUAUCAAAUAG